AUGGCGCAUGGUGGAAGUAUAUCUUCUGAAUUGCCAUAUUGCACCAUGGGGCAUGGCAUAGUGAAGAACAGAGCUUGUGGCUCUGUAUCACAUGCCGGAUCCAGUUCUGUUCGUCGACGAACAAGCAUUCCAUACUCCGUUGGACGCCGUCCACCAUUGUCAGCCCUCCGUGGAUGUUCUCGGCCAAGCGUUGAAAAAGUUUUGAACCCAGGUUCUUUUCCACUCCCAAAAUCCGGUGAGAUUGAUUUGUCCAAUCUGAUGGGUAAACUGCUUUUAGGGACCAUUUUAGGAAGAGAUGUUUGGCAUCAUCGGUGCUGGCAAGCUGGUCCAUCUACAUCCAUUUCACCAACAAGGCUUGUCAAGGGGAAUUCAAACUUGGGUCCCAAAUCCAUGGAAUUGCCAUAUGUAGUGGGUUUGUUUCAAAUCUCAGUGUUUCAAAUUCUCUCUAUGAACAUGUACUGCAAGUCUGGACAUUUUGGUAUUGCUUUGCGGAUUUUUGAGAAUUUGCACCAUCCUGACAUUGUCUCUUGGAACACUGUUCUUUCAGGAUUUGAGAAGAGAUAUGCUCAAGAGGGAGAUAAUAGGUUGGAAGCAGUUUUGACAUUCAUCAAUAUGAUGAGAGAUGGUAUGCUGCCUGACCAUGUCUCAUUAACCGGUGCAGUUUCAGCUUGUGGUCAUGAAAGAAAUUUAGAACUAGGGAGACAGUGUGAAGUCAUGAGGGAUGCAAAACUGGUCUUUCAGCUCAUGAAUAAUCGAAAUGUAGUCUCUUGGACUAUUAUAUCAAUAGAUGAAGAUGCAAUUUCUCGCUUUAAUGAGAUGAGAAUUGAUAAUGUGUAUCCAAAUGAAGUUACAUUUAUAGGAUUGAUCCAUGCGAUCACAACUCAAAAUCUUCUAAAAGAAGGUCUAAUAAUGGUUCAUGGGUUAUGUAUAAAAGGAAACUUUUUAUCUGAGUCAACUGUCUGCAAUAGCCUCAUUACCAUCAUGUUCAAAGAAUCUUUUCUUACAUUUUUGUCAGCAUUAAAGGAGAUAACGCCCAACCAAUACACUUUUGGUAGUGUCUUAAAUGCAAUAGGUGCAGCUGAAGAUAUAUCCAUAAAACAUGGACAACGUUGCCAUUCCACAUUGAUCAAACUUGGUUUAAGCACUGACCCAAUUAUUUCAGGGGCUCUUCUUGACAUGUAUGCUAAGAGGGGAAGCAUAAUUGAAUCUCUACAAGUUUUUUCUGAGACACCUGAAAGAACCCAGUUUGCUUGGACUGCAAUAAUAUCUGCGUAUUCUCGACAUGGAGACUACAAGUCAGUGAUGAGGCUGUUCAAGAGAAUGGAAAUGGAAAAAAAAACUCCUGACUCCAUCACUUUCCUUUCUGUACUUACUGCAUGUUGUAGAAAUGGAAUGGUUGAUGUUGGCCUAGAAGUUUUUGACUCUAUGAUCAAGGAUCAUCACAUUGAACCAAAUCCUGAACAUUAUUUCUGUAAUGGUAGACAUGCUGGGCCGUGCAGGGAGGCUAAAGGAGGCAGAAGAGCUGAUGAAUCAGAUUCCAGGAGGACCUGGAUUGAGCGUACUGCAAAGUUUGCUUGGUCCUGUAGGUUACAUGGAAACAUUGAGAUAGCUGAGAAGGUGGUUGAUAUUCUGAUAGAAAUGGAGCCCACUUGUUCGGGUUCGUAUGUGUUGAUGUCAAACUUGUAUGCUGAGAAAGGAAAGUGGGAGAGAAAGUGGCUGAAAUGA